UAAGUCUUCCCAACUCCUGAGCAAAACACAACUAAGUUUUGUCUUACCACCUGAGGAGUGGUAAGGAAACAGUCCGGUUCAGCCUAGAAAAUGUGUUGACAAAUCUCCUGGGGCUUUGGAAAGCUGAAUGGACUAAACAUGAAGAGCCUGAAAGCGAAGUUUAGAAAGAGUGAUACCAAUGAGUGGAACAAGAACGAUGACCGCCUGCUGCAGGCUGUGGAGAAUGGAGAUGCUGAGAAGGUGGCCUCACUGCUGGGCAAGAAAGGAACUAGUGCCACCAAGCAUGACAGCGAGGGAAAGACCGCUUUCCACCUUGCUGCUGCGAAAGGACAUGUGGAAUGUCUCAAGGUCAUGGUUACACAUGGUGUGGAUGUGACUGCCCAAGAUACUUCCGGACACAGUGCUUUACAUAUCGCAGCCAAGAAUGGCCACCCGGAGUAUAUCAAGAAACUCCUUCAGUACAAAAGCCCCGCUGAAAGUAUUGACAACUCCGGGAAAACAGCUUUACAUUAUGCAGCGGCACAGGGAUGCCUUCAAGCUGUGCAGAUUCUCUGCGAACACAAGAGCCCCAUAAACCUCAAGGACUUGGAUGGGAACAUACCCCUGCUUGUGGCAAUACAAAAUGGCCACGGUGAGGUCUGCCACUUUCUCUUGGAUCAUGGAGCAGAUGUCAAUUCCAGGGACAAAAAUGGAAGAACUGCUCUCAUGCUGGCCUGUGAAACUGGCAGCUCGAACACUGUGGAAGCCUUAAUUAAAAAGGGUGCAGACCUGGCCCUUGUAGAUUCUCUUGGACACAAUGCCUUAUAUUAUUCCAAACUCUCAGAAAAUGCAGGAAUUCAAAGCCUUCUAUUAUCAAAAAUCUCUCAGGAUGCUGAUGUAAAGACCCCAACAAAACCAAAGCAGCAUGAUCAAGUCUCUAAAAUAAGCUCAGAAAGAAGUGGAACUCCAAAAAAACGCAAAGCUCCACCACCUCCUAUCAGUCCUACCCAGUUGAGUGAUGUGUCUUCCCCAAGAUCAAUAACUUCUACACCACUCUCGGGAAAGGAAUCAGUAUUUUUUGCUGAAGCGCCCUUCAAGGCUGAGAUCAGUUCUAUACAAGAAAACAAAGACAGACUGAGCAACAGCACAACAGGUGCUGACAGCUUAUUGGAUAUAAGUUCUGAAGCUGACCAACAAGAUCUUCUCGUCCUAUUGCAAGCAAAAGUCGCUUCCCUUACCUUACACAAUAAGGAGUUACAGGAUAAAUUACAGGCCAAAUCGCCCAAGGAGGCUGAAGCAGACCUAAGCUUUGACUCGUUCCAUUCCACUCAGACUGACCUGGCGCCCUCCCUGGGCAAAUCUAGUGAAGCCCCUUCCUCAGAUGCCAAAUCAUCUCCAUCUGUUGAACAUCCUGUAGGGAAAUCCACUGUUGACAGCGAUGUCAGAAUCCAGCAGCUACAGGAUAUUUUGCAAGAUUUGCAGAAGAAAUUGGAGAGUUCCGAAGCAGAGAAGAAACAGCUACAGGCCGAACUCCAGUCCCAGAGGACAGACCUGAGGUGCCUAAACAGCACAGAGAUUUCAGAGAACGGCUCUGACCUCAGUCAGAAACUCAAAGAGACUCAGAGCAAAUAUGAGGAGGCCAUGAAAGAGGUCCUCAGUGCUCAGAAGCAGAUGAAAUUGGGUCUCCUCUCCCAGGAGAGUGCCGAUGGCUAUUCGAGUCUCCGGGAGCCGAUUGUCAUGGAUGAGGAAAUGAACGUGCUAAAGCAGGACCUGCAGAGUGCAUUGGCAGAAAGUGAAAGGAAUAAAGAGAGAGUGAGAGAGUUAGAAACAAAGCUGGUAGAGCAGGAGAGGGCUGGGGCCACUAAGCCACCUGCAGAAGAGUGUGAGGAGAUGAAAAGCUCAUACUGCUCUGUCAUUGAGAAUAUGAAUAAGGAGAAGGCAUUUUUGUUUGAGAAAUACCAGCAGGCCCAAGAAGAAAUUAUGAAACUAAAAGAUACACUCAAAAGUCAGAUGCUACAGGAAGCCCCUGAUGACGCUGGGGAUAUGAAAGAGGCCAUGAACAGGAUGAUAGAUGAACUCAAUAAACAGGUAAGCGAGUUAUCACAGCUGUACAAGGAAGCCCAGGCAGAGCUGGAGGAUUAUAGGAAAAGGAAAUCUCUAGAAGAUGCAGCUGAGUAUAUCCACAAAGCAGAACACGAGAGGCUGAUGCACGUGACAAACCUGUCCAGGGCAAAAGCGGAAGAAGCGUUGUCCGAAAUGAAGUCUCAGUAUUCCAAAGUUUUGAACGAGUUGACUCAGCUCAAGCAACUGGUAGACGAACACAAGGAGAACUCUGUGUCCAUCACCGAACAUCUGCAAGUGAUAACCACACUGCGGACAACUGCCAAAGAGAUGGAAGAAAAAAUCGGCAACCUCAAAGAGCACCUAGCAAGCAAGGAAGCAGAAGUCACGAAGCUGGAGAAGCAACUCCUAGAAGAGAAAGCUGCCAUGACCGACGCGAUGGUCCCCAAGUCUUCCUAUGAAAAGCUCCAGGCAUCCUUAGAGAGUGAAGUAAAUGCCUUAGCAACCAAGUUAAAGGAUUCAGUAAAAGAGAAAGAGAAAGCCCAUUCGGAGGUCGCCCAGGUUCGAAGUGAGGUCUCCCAAGUGAAAAGGGAAAAGGAAGACAUCCAGAUUCUCUUGAAAUCCAAAGAGCAGGAAGUAACGGAACUUCUGCAGAAAUUCCAGCGCGCUCAGGAAGAACUUGAAGGGAUGAGAAGAUCCUCCGAGACCUCUUCAAAGCUGGAGGGGGAUAAAGAUGAAAAGAUAAAUGAGAUGUCGAAGGAAGUCAUGAAGUUGAAGGAGGCCCUCAACAGCCUCUCGCAGCUCUCCUACUCCACAAGUUCAUCCAAGAGGCAGGCCCAGCAGCUGGAAGCGCUGCAGCAGCAGGUCAAACAGCUACAGAACCAGCUGUCUGAAUGUAAGAAGCAACACCAGGAGGUCAUAUCGGUUUAUAGAAUGCAUCUUCUGUAUGCCGUUCAGGGCCAAAUGGAUGAAGAUGUCCAGAAAGUCCUGAAGCAAAUACUUACCAUGUGUAAAAACCAGUCCCAGAAGAAGUAAAACUAGGAUUCCUUGGCAGGACACUGCCCCUUUGUUGCCUAUUUUUGUGUUAGAUCUGGAGUUGUCGCCGACCACUACCAUUGUUCUUAUCCAUGGUGUGCACUGUGACCUAGCAUAGCUUCUUUUCCAGAGUUUUCUGGGGAUGAGUCUCAGGAGAUGAUGCCCUCCUCAAAACUGCAUAGGUACUUCAGACCAGCAGAGGUGAGGGAUCCUUGUCAUCUCUUUAGAAUCUACAGGAUCAGCUAUGCCCCAAAGCCUAGUCUACCUUCCUUGGUACCUGACCAGCUGAGUGGCUUCCCUGAGUGAUCUGCUAAGCCAGUGUGAUGAUUAGCUCCUGAUCUCUGCCUUUGGGCUGUGCCAUUCAGCACAGGGGGAGCACUUUGCCCUCCAUUCCCCAAACAUGCUUUAAUUUCUAAGCUAAUUAGAAUAACAUUAGAAGUGAGUGUUUAGCGUCCUUUAUCCUGUGGAUUGAAAAACACAAAUUCCAUCUUUUCCCUCCAUCUGCCUUAUAUGUCCUUGCCCUAUUUACAGGUCUCACGGUUUGAUGAGUACUGUUAACUAAAAUACAAAGUUUUAAUCCAAGGGUGAACUGUCCUUACAAGUUUUUAGUAAAUCAACAUAUUGCAAAUUUUCUAUGCAAACUUGCCUCCUGCUGUCAUCCACGAAGCUCAGGAAAUCCAAAUAUUUGUAUUUCAACAAAGGACAGUAAACUGUGUGUUUACAGCCAAAAGAAAUGCCUCAUGAUUCUUAACCUCAAAUUUUUAAGUGUUUUUUUUUCUCUAUGAUAUUUUUAUUGGCUUUUAAAGAUGUUUUCAUAGCUAAACCCCUAUGUAUGAGAUUAUAUUAUAUUAACAAUAUUUUUAGAUAACCGUGCUUAAGACUGCUUAAAAAAAUCUUUUUCCUCAGAAGUUUCCAGCUAUAGCAGAGGGUAGUUAUAUAUUCCAAACUCAACAUGAGCUGCCACCAGUACACCUAGAAUUUUCUGCAGUCUACUUCUGAAUACAGUGAGUCCUUUCUUUGCCAGCUGAGUAUCUGUAAACACCCCAAACUCUAGCACCCAAAAUUGAUUCCUGGAAGAAGUUAGUUCCAACCAGUUUCUCCAUGUUGAAAGUUUGUCCAACAUGGUAACAUGGUGCCUAGCAAAAGUCUUGGGGAGGAAGGGGAAUAUAUGUUGACUUUCAGGUUAAAAAAUGUUUAACUUGCUUGCAGCCUCUCUUAUGGCCCUGAUCAUGAGGGAGACAAAUGGAAUACAUCACUAAACCUAUGUUACUAAAUGUGGAGGCUCACCGGUUCAGUGAACUGCAGGGCUGCCUAGACUCUUAGGGAGCUUGGCUGUACUGCAUGUGUAUAUCUGUAUUAGGUAAAGAUUAAUGCCAGCAAAAUAAAAGUGGCUUUACGUGGUGGUGUUCCUUUUCUUAAGUUGUCUAAUUACAGUCAAGCGUUUCUCAAAAUGCUCCAAAGAAAUGUGAAAGAUUUUGUCCCAGAAUUUAAGAAAUUACAAAACCACCUCCUUCGUGCCCCCACGCAGAACUGCUGCAGAAUGUAAAACUUGAGACAUUUUGUAGGAUGCCUGACAAAGUGUAGCCUUUUUCUUGUUUCAGGACACAUAUUUAUUACAAGUAUUCUGGUUAAAUAUUGAAAAGAUAUAUGCUGUAGUUUAGCAUUUUUAUCUUUGUAAUUUACAGAAAUUAUUGCAGAAAAUAAACUUGGUUCAUUUUGCA